CCAACCUUCCUCUAGGGACCACUGUGGCCAUCUGUGAUAGUGUGGCCUCCACUGGUCCUCGAUUACUGUAGUACUUUUGGCACUGGAAACUAUAUUCAAGAUGCGUUUUCUCUCUCUCUGUCGUCUGUCUGUCUGUUUCUGUCUGGCUCUCUCGCGCUCUCCCUCUGGCUCUCUCGCGCUCUCCCUCUGGCUCUCUCGCGCUCUCCCUCUGGCUCUCUCGCGCUCUCCCUCUGGCUCUCUCGCGCUCUCCCUCUGGCUCUCUCGCGCUCUCCCUCUGGCUCUCUCGCGCUCUCCCUCUGGCUCUCUCGCGCUCUCCCUCUGGCUCUCUCGCGCUCUCCCUCUGGCUCUCUCGCGCUCUCCCUCUGGCUCUCUCGCGCUCUCCCUCUGGCUCUCUCGCGCUCUCCCUCUGGCUCUCUCGCGCUCUCCUUCUGGCUCUCUCGCGCUCUCCCUCUGGCUCUCUCGCGCUCUCCCUCUGGCUCUCCCUCUGGCUCUCUCGCGCUCUCCCUCUGGCUCUCUCGCGCUCUCCCUCUGGCUCUCUCGCGCUCUCCCUCUGGCUCUCUCGCGCUCUCCCUCUGGCUCUCUCGCGCUCUCCCUCUGGCUCUCUCGCUCUCCUUUGGCUCUCUCGCGCUCUCCCUUUGGCUCUCUCGCGCUCUCCCUUUGGCUCUCUCGCGCUCUCCCUUUGGCUCUCUCGCGCUCUCCCUUUGGCUCUCUCGCGCUCUCCCUUUGGCUCUCUCGCGCUCUCCCUUUGGCUCUCUCGCGCUCUCCCUUUGGCUCUCUCGCGCUCUCCCUCUGGCUCUCUCGCGCUCUGGAUCUCUCGCGCUCUCCCUCUGGCUCUCUCUCGCGCUCUGGAUCUCUCGCGCUCUCCCUCUGGCUCUCUCUCGCGCUCUGGAUCUCUCGCGCUCUCCCUCUGGCUCUCUCUCGCGCUCUGGAUCUCUCGCGCUCUCCCUCUGGCUCUCUCUCGCGCUCUGGAUCUCUCGCGCUCUCCCUCUGGCUCUCUCUCGCGCUCUGGAUCUCUCGCGCUCUCCCUCGGCCUCUCUCGCUGUCUGUCUCUCUGCCUCUCUCGCUGUCUGUCUCUCUGCCUCUCUCGCUGUCUGUCUCUCUGCCUCUCUCGCUGUCUGUCUCUCUGCCUCUCUCGCUGUCUGUCUCUCUGCCUCCCUCAGGUCUUCGAGGUCUGAUCAACCUGGGAAACACGUGUUUUAUGAACUGCAUCGUCCAGGCCCUCACCCACACCCCCCUGCUGCGGGACUUCUUCCUGUCCGACAGACACAAGUGUGAGAUGCAGUCCAACUCCUGUCUGGUGUGUGAGAUGUCACAGCUCUUUCAGGAGUUCUACUCGGGCCACCGCUCGCCCCACAUUCCCUUCCGGCUGCUGCACCUGGUGUGGACUCACGCGCGCCACCUUGCAGGCUACGAGCAGCAGGAUGCCCACGAGUUCCUCAUCGCUGCCCUGGAUGUGCUGCACCGCCACUGCAAAGGAGAUGACAACGGGAAGAAGGCUAACAACCCCAAUAACUGCAACUGCAUCAUCGACCAAAUCUUCACUGGAGGCCUGCAGUCUGACGUCACAUGUCAAGUCUGCCACGGUGUUUCCACGACAAUUGACCCGUUCUGGGACAUCAGUCUGGACCUGCCAGGGUCGUCCACGCCCUUCUGGCCCCUCAGCCCCGGGGGGGACGGCAGCACACUGAACGGAGAGAGCCACCUCUCCGGGGCCACCACGCUCACAGACUGUCUUCGCAGGUUUACCCGACCAGAACACUUGGGGAGCAGCGCCAAGAUUAAAUGUAGCGGUUGCCAUAGUUACCAGGAGUCCACCAAACAGCUGACCAUGAAGAAGCUCCCCAUUGUGGCGUGUUUCCACCUCAAACGGUUUGAACACUCAGCGAAGCUGCGGAGGAAGAUCCCUACCUAUGUCUCGUUCCCCUUAGAGCUGGACAUGACUCCCUUCAUGGCCUCCAGUAAAGAGAGCAGGAUGAACGGACAGUACCAGCAGUCAGUAGACGUGUUCAACAACGACAAUAAGUAUUCUCUGUUUGCGGUGGUCAACCACCAGGGUACUUUGGAGAGCGGUCACUACACCACGUUCAUCCGGCAGCACAUGGACCAGUGGUUCAAGUGCGACGACGCCGUCAUCACCAAGGCCAGCAUCAAGGACGUACUGGACAGCGAAGGGUACCUCUUGUUCUACCAUAAACAGUUUCUGGAGUACGAAUAGCCACCUUCAUUCAGCACUGAUGUCAACAGCCACCAAGAGACUUGCAACAACAAGGUGGCGACAGGACGCACGCCUCCCUGAAACUCUACGUCAGUGAAGAUUGAAGCUGGGGGAAUGGAGGGAAAGGAAAAUGAAUCAUGCAUCCUUUCUGUGUAAAGGACACUCCAAAACCAAUCUGCACUGAAGCGACUCGGAUCUACUUGAUAAGGAGGAAUAGAGGAGAGGGGGAGGGAAGAUUGCAGGAUGGAGAGGGGGAGGGGGUGUGUGACUAUGGAGGCCUUGUUGGAAGAGAAGGUGCAUCCAUCGCUCUCAAUCUCCCUCUCUCUAUUCUUGUUUCAGACAGACGGGCAGAUGGAGGGACAGACUGACCGUGGGCACAUCUCAUAAAAACUUCACAUUCAGUUAUUUGAUCAUUUCUGAAAUCCAUCAUUCCACCCACACAUACACCCAUCUACAAGUGACCAAGCAUUUUCAAAGGCGGAAAUAUAUUUGGUUGUCUAAUUUCUAUAUGCAUUAUUGUUGCGCUGACUGCAAAACAAGCUGACAAAUGGUAUUUACAAUAUUGCAAAGACAAAAGUGGUUACUAUAAUAGUUGUUUGUGACUUUUUAGGAAAAAAAUACUGUAUGAUUAAUCUAACACAUCUAUUUUGUAACCACGGAAAAAGACUUGAGUUGAAUAAGCGGAGUGUUGUUCUGUGAAAAAGCUAUCCUCUUUUGUGUUUUACUAUUCGCGAUGGCAGCGAAAAUACAUAAGUAUAUUUUUAUAAUUAAUUUCAGUCCUUGUUUAUGGUUUCCCAUCCUCCCCUCUGCCUCGAACAACCUUAUGUUGUGCAGUCAGUGUCCUUUUCAAAAAGACACCGUUUCACGUUUGUUCCUUUCUUGCGCUGAUGGUAUAAUUCUUGUGUUGCUGACGUAUCGUGGGGAAUUUGUUUCAGGUGAUGCGCUGUUGUGGAUAAGGAAAAGACUGGCACAUUGUGCAUCCUUCCCGGAGACGAUGGCUCGAUCUGACAGUGUUAAAACUUGUCCACGUGUUUCUCGAAUUCCGUGUAUGCGCGAGCGCACGUGUGUUGUGCAUAUGUUUGUGUACUGAAUCAGUACUUUCAAUUCAGCAUGCUGUCUACGAUGGAUAUAAAGUCGGUGUCGGAGAGUUUUUUUUUUCACAUGUAUGUAUGCUAAAAUAAGAAACCAAGGUAUAAACUGAGUUACUUUAUCGGCCAAGGAUCAUUAUGGUCUAGUCAAGACCACCCCCAACACUUUAUCUGCUGCAAGAACUGGACACUGAUGGUGAGACCCCAAAUAAAAACCUAUAUCUUUA